AGUCCAGCCGCUGUGCCGCUGUCAUCUGACUUUGACGCAAGCGCUCCUGCUUCCUGGGAAGUCAGCAACAGCAACAGCGGAAAAAAACCUCAACAUGGCCCCCGAACUUCAGCUUCCGAACGCAGUGGCGAUCGUUUGGCUGAUCUUUCUCUCGCUGAUCCCCCCGGCGGAGGCUUACGACGCGGGCGACGCUUUGGCCCUGCUCUUGGGCACCAUCCUGGCCGUGGUGGGGUUCUGCGCCUGCCUCGGCUGGUACGCACGGAGGCGGAACGGACAUCUCUGAUGAGAGAGACUCUGUUUCGUCCUGUUACCACCCGCCGCAUUAAUUCCUCCCCUGUGUGAUCUCCUACGGAGCUUCUGGCACAAGCUUUGUGUGGAAGCGACUGACAAGAAACGUGCCUUAUUGGAAUUAAUGCGUCAGGCUCAAUGGGGACCACGUGGGCUCUGUUGGAGAGGGUGGAGGGACAACCAGGAAGUCCAAAAUCAGGAACUGAUAUUUGUUGCAUUGCUGAUAUUAAGGACCAAACACUAUUGCCUUCUAUAUGAAAAGACUGCUGCAGUUACUGUAUAUUCCUCCUAAGGAUGCUUGCAUUGCAUACUGCGCGUAUUUCCCAUGCUUGAGAUGAUCAUGGCGAUUUCCUGAUAUGUUUAUGUUAGCAAUGUGCAACAUAACAUAGCCAUUGUUUGAAGCACAAUAUCACAAGUGUGGUUAAAUGACAGUGGAGCUACUGUUGCAAUUUGUGCUGAUGAAUCAUGUGACGGAGGCUUGGCAAAGAAUAAAUUGAUUUAUCUGAUGUUCUUCAGAA